AUUCAAAUCCAAAUCAUUUAGCGUAAUCCAACCGACAGGCGACGGUGGUUGCUGUGGCUUGACGACCGACUUUUUGAUAUUUCUUAGUAAUGAAUCUUCUUUUCUCACCCUUUUCUUCGACUUUGGAUUAUUAGUCUUAUUCCCUUUUUUUCUUUUUCAAAUCCUCGACUGCCCCCGACGAGAAAUAACAAUGACCAGAUUUCACACCUAACAUCUCACCGUAAUCUCUGUCCCCUUUCCCAUGGCGUCCCUGGUCACCGACUUCCUAGUGAACCCGGUCAUACGACAGGCACGGAGGUUCUCGCGAUCAUCAGCUAACUUUAUAAUAUCCGAACCUAUAUCACCCCCUGUCAAAGAGUCUAAAGAAAGUCAGGAGGAUGCCAUUUCGGAGACGGAGGAAGACUCGUAUCUGGAUGACGAAGUAGAUGGAAGUAUACCAUCGUCUCCCUCGUCACGGAGUUCUGUACAUCCACAACCCCCUAGCGAUAUGGCCCACCGAUCUAAUGCCACGAAUCAUACCAACUCUCGAUCUUUAGACAUGCCUAUCCGCGAAAAUACCUCUCGAGACCCCGAUGAACACAAUGGAUCCACGUCUACAAGUACCCUAAAUGGAGUGGCGGAAAGACUAUUAUCCGUGCCCAACCUUUCUCCGUCCAGGAUAGACCGACGAAAAUCCCUACCUGAAGAUGAUGGAAUGGGCGUAUUAAGGAAGCGGAUAUUCGCCAUCCAAGCACAGGAUCUUGACGCGCCCGAGAAGGCCCAACAGAUGCACCAACUGUUAAUAGAAGGAUAUACCAAGUCAAGAAGGGUAGUUCCGGUUGAGCGACCUCUUACACCUUCUAGUCCUUCAAAUACGGAGCAACGGCGCUCUCAAGGCCCAUUGGAGUCGUUCAGAUUUUGGCAGAAUGUCUUAGACGAGACCGGACCCAUCGAGGAAUUCGAUCUAUCGGCCGAGGAUAUCCAGCCAACGUUUGCGCCGCUUAAAGAAAAUGGUGAAGAGGUGGAAUACAGUGAAUAUUCAGAAUACCGCCCUCUUGGCUGCGAACAUUACAGGCGAAACGUCAAAUUGCAAUGCUCACAAUGCAAUAAAUGGUAUACUUGUCGGUUCUGCCAUGAUAAGGUAGAAGACCACAUUUUGAUCAGGAAAGAGACGAGGAACAUGUUAUGCAUGUUCUGUGGGACUGCCCAGAAGGCUGGUGAUGUUUGCGUAUCCUGCGGUGCGUCAGCUGCGCGAUAUUACUGCAAUAUAUGCAAACUAUGGAAUGAUGACCCUGAUAAGCCCGUCUACCAUUGUAACGACUGUGGUAUUUGCAGAAUAGGGAGAGGAAUUGGCAAAGACUUCUUCCAUUGCAAGACAUGUUGCGCCUGCAUCGCCAUAGGCCAAGAAAAUGACCACAAAUGUAUCGAGAGAUCUACGGAUUGCGAUUGCCCUAUAUGCGGCGAGUAUAUGUUCACGUCGCCCAAACCUGUAUGCUUCAUGAAAUGUGGUCACAGUAUCCACCAACAAUGUCUGGAUGAGCAUAUGAAAGUCGCAUAUAAAUGUCCGAUAUGCAACAAGAGUCUCGCGAAUAUGGAAUUACAAUUUCGAAAUCUAGACAUGGCCAUCGAAACCCAACCAAUGCCGCCCGAAUUCCAAGACACACGAGCAUUAGUCCUAUGUAAUGAUUGCUCAGCAAAGAGCUCAUGCAAAUACCAUUGGCUUGGUCUGAAAUGUGGUGUUUGUUCGUCAUAUAACACUGCGCAACUCCAGAUACUCGGCAUGUCCGAGGAAGCGAUCGAGACUGACUUGAUCGGACGAGAAGUGGAAUAUUCCGGGUUAUCGGCUUCGCGAGGCCCAGGAAUUACUGAAGGUACUGGGACAAGUGACGGAACAGCUCCCCGUGACAUAAGAAGGCGACAUUCGUCCAACGUCGCGCGGUCGGCACUAAACAACCAGUCUAUCAUGGAACCGGAUUUCCCUGAUAGACUUGCCCGCUCGGUUUCCCCGCCUGCGAACUUGGCGCUGGCUUGGAAUCCGCCGGUGGGUUAUCCUCUUGUGGAAGCUGAAGAGGAAGAGAUGGAGGAUAUGUUAGGAUUUUGGAGCCGGAUUCCUCGCAGUAUAGCAUCCAAUGACGACGAAGACGACGAGGUGGAUGCUUCUGAUGGCGAAUAUGUAUCGUCCUCUGAAGACGAGGAAGAGGAAGAGGAAGGAGAGGAUGAUGUGGAUGAUUUUGAACUACUUGGCCACCGUUAGAUGACACGGAUUAGAAAUUGGUUGGUUGGUUGGCUUAGGAAUGAUAUAUGAAACGGCGUUUAGGAACAGCAUCGAAAGCAUAAGGGAAAUACCAGCGAGGAUUAAAGGUAAAUGGAUGGCGGUACCUGUCACACGGUGGUUCAACAUGCAAAUUGGUCUAUUGGUAUACUCAUGAUAUAAAGACGGGGCGUUUCUUAUCCUUAACCAAGCUGGCGCCGACGAAAAGUUCGGGAAGAAUGUUUUAUGGUUACGUAGACAUACUUUGGCAUACUGGGGUAACUGAAAAGAAAAGAAAAAAGUGACGCAUUAUCAUUUUGGACUAUUAUAUAUAUAAUUGCAUGUUCAUAUGCUAGCUCGGGGUAUCUGUUUGGUCACUUCGUGUAAAGGUAGCUGGUAGUGAGAAUGAAUAAAUUGAUAUAAAAACU